AUGCAGCCAAGCCGUUCGUGUAUGGAAAGUUUCGUACACCAUAAUCCUCUGCAUCGCGUCCUAGCGUACACAACACCGCUAGCCAAUCACAGUAAAGAGAAACCGGAGAUAAUCAGAGCCCAAACGGGCUCGGCCAUGAGAUUGGGAGUUGUUGGAGCAUCAACUUACAAAACCAUCGUCUCUUUGACGCAAUCUCACCAAACCCGAUUCCUUACGAUUCCCACACAGAAGGAAUCCAUGGCGGACGAUUCGAUCAAAAAAUCCGCCAAACAGCUCCAAUCAGAGCCCCCAGUCGUCGCCGGUAAAGAUGGAGGCGAGCCUCUCGCUACCGGAUCGGAAAAACCUCCGCCGCCUCCUCCGCCGGAAAAGCCUUUGCCUGGGGAUUGUUGCGGAAGCGGCUGCGUUCGAUGCGUAUGGGAUAUUUAUUACGAUGAACUUGAGGAUUAUAACAAGCUUUACAAAACGGAUUCGAGCCUUAAUUCGAAGCCUUCGUGAGAAGAAAUCAAGAUUGUUUUGGUUUUUUUACUUUGAAAUUUGUUAAAUUAAUGUUUUAAUUUGUGUAAAGAUUGAAUUUGAAUAUCAAUAAAAAUUUCUAAAUUUUCUGCGAA